AUGCGUUUGGGAUUCCAUUUACCUUCUCGCGAUCUCGAAACUCUAACAUUGUCAUAUCUUUACUCUACGAUCUGUGGCAUCUUUCGCAACACGGAUGCGGAGCAUAUUGGAAGUUUUUGUGAUUUCCUUGGAGAGGGGGAUGCUGUUUCGGCUGAGUUACUUGCAGCCAUCACUGCUAUGGAGAAAAUGAAAGAGAUGGGAUUUCAAAAGGUUUGGUUGGAGUCUGAUUGUUUGUUAGUGAUUAAAGCCUUUUCUGAUAUUAGCUUGGUUCCUUGGAAGAUUCGAUCUCGUUGGCUCGGUUGUUUGGAGCAUACUCGUUCUAUUGAGUUUAUGAUAACUCAUGCUUAUAGAGAGGCCAAUUUUUGUGCGGAUCUUCUUGCGAAUCUCGGUUUGGCGUUGCGUAAUUAUCACUAG